GGGAGAAAAUAAAUACAACGCCAAUUUUAUUGUUUGGUUUGCUUCUGUGAGACGCGCUUGCAUUUUUGGUGUAGUUUUCUCGCAAUAAUUUCACUUCAAAAUGGAUGCAAAUACAUCCAUCAAGUCGGAAAUACCGAUGGAAUGUUCUACUCCGCCGAGUGCAGCCGAUUUGGCGAAUGAUCAAAAGCGACGCAGCUCCUCACGAUCGAUCAAACGGAAGCGCUUUGAUGAUGAAAUAGUCGAGUUCAGCAUGGCCAGCACACCGAUCCAGCAGAUAAAAAGUGUCGGCGGAAGAUCCCGCACACUCUCCCAGUCGAUGGCGGCUCCGCUGGGAACCGUAACCGGACCGGGAACCGUAGCAUCACCCGGAAAGAGCACCGUCACCAGUUCGCCACCCGCCACCAUUGUAGAACCCAUGCAAACGACUCCUUCGAUUGUGCAAACACCGGUUCCGGCAGCACUCGUAGCAUCACCGCCGCCGCCACUACCACUGCCUACUCCAACGGUAACAUUACCACCACCGCCAGCUCCCAAUCCGGCCACCAGCAUCAUGCAGCAGCUAAACUCUAACGCCUCGGUAAACGAUAAGAAGCGUGCUCUGAAGAAUACGAAGAAAACGAAGAAGAAAAGCGCUUCGCAGCAGGUGGCCGCCAAAGAUCUUGGUCGCUGGAAACCGAUGGACGAUCUGGCGCUGAUCACUGGCAUCCUGCAGACGAACGAUUUGCGCACGGUUCACCGCGGUACAAAGUUCUCGUGCAAGUUUACCAUCCAGGAAAUGCAGAUCCGCUGGUGUUCGCUGCUGUACGAGGAACCCAUCUCACGAAUCGCUGUUUUGGCAAUGCGCAAUAUGCACCCGGAGCUGGUUGAAAGCGUCCAGAGCAAAGCGUUGUUUUCCGUCGCGGAGGAAGAACUGCUCGGCACGAUUAAAUCAAACGAAGUACCAACGCUUGAAACGUUCCAGGAGCUACUGAACAAGAACUCGUCCGUCUUUUAUCACUCCCGGACGGCGAAACACUUGCUGAACCACUGGCAGCUGAUGAAGCAGUACUCGCUCCUGCCGGACCAAUCCGUACAAUCGCUUCCGAAGAACGAUAACAUUCUAAGCUUCUCCGAUGCGGAAGAUCUUAUUAACGAUGCCGAGCUGGCCGAACCGCGCGAUGAAGCGCUCGAAACGGAACUUGCAUUGGCUGACCGGAAGAGCAAAAAAGAAAUACGCCAUCUGGAGAAUGAGCUGAACCGGUGGAGUGUGCUGGUGGAUUCGUUGACCGGCAUUGGAUUUUCGCCCGAUUUCGACAACCAAACGCUCGCUGCGAUCCGGGGUCGUAUGGUGCGGUUCUUGAUGCGUUCGCAGGAAAUCGUGCUGGGCCGCUCGACCAAGGACAGCACGGUGGACGUUGAUCUGUCGCUGGAAGGGCCGGCCUGCAAAGUAUCACGCAAGCAAGGAUCGAUCAAACUGCGAAGCAACGGCGACUUUUUCAUCACGAACGAAGGCAAACGGCCACUGUACAUCGAUGGACGGCCGCUGUUGUGCGGUCACAAGACGCGCCUGAACGACAAUUGUGUCAUUGAGAUUUCGAACCUGCGCUUCGUUUUCCUGAUCAACCACGACUUUAUCAACGCCGUCCGACAGGAAAGUGCCAAGAUGAACAUUCCGCUCAACUGAGCUGGAAUUGCCCGGUGUGUUUUACAUGUAAAAUAGCUCUUAAUACAUUAUAAUUUGCCCCAAUAAAAGCGCUACAACCUGUUUGUAGAA